AUGAACCAUCCACUCACCACUGAACCGGAAAACGAUCAAGCAUUGGAUUCAUCACAAUUUCUUGAACGAAAUAAACUUCGUGAUGAUAAAUGUCACCACUCGUGGACACCGAACAUGGAGGCAACCGACUGGUCCGAUGCCGAGGAGUGGAGGAGUAAACAUACCGGGAAUGAGAAAAGAUUUCGCCCCCAAAGAGAUCUAAACAGUGCACUUAUGGCCAUCGAAUCGUUUCUUAUUUUAUUGACUCUAAUAAGUCCGGUGUUGAUUUAUGCCGUCCCGUUUCUAUGGAUGAAACGUCUAAUCCGAACCAGUGAACGGUUUGAAAACUGUCGAAUGUUGUGCGAAAUACGAUUGUUAUCUCUAUGCGUUAAAUAUGUGAUUUUGUGCGCUGUGAUUCUCUCCCUGUACGCAAUUCGGCUGCGAACGACAAUUUGUUGCACCGAACGUAUUCACACGUCCUCAUCGAGUUGGCUACGAUCUGCCGCUUCAAAUUCUCAGAGCACUCCCCUAUCAAAAUCCAAGACCGCUUUAUCCUUGUCCGAGAGUGAUCGACAAAACUUUCCUAUUUACUUCCUGUUGGACUUUCUGAUGUCCACGGUAACAUUUGUAUUUUGGGUUCAUUUAAUUGUAAAAUGGCAUGUUCAAAUCAAAGGCCUCCAGCGAACCGGGCCGCAACGAGCAAUUAUUGCCAAGAAUCCGUUCAUCGAAACAAGGACUGCAACGGAACCCGAGCGUGCUGCGGCCGCGAGUGUCGCUGUGGUGGACGCAAAUGAUUUUGUCGAUGCACAUUUAUUCAUACAAAUCGCGGGCCUAUUGUUCAUCAAAGCUUGGCAGAACAGCUGUGGAACACGACGGUUUCUUGUUCAUGUGGUCCGCGCUCCGGACAGUUUUAGUCACUCUUAUCGGAUUGGAUUGAUCGAUGUGCACAGUGCAGCCGUACAUGUCAUUCAAAACUUGUCGAUCGAACCGAGGAUCCGUGAUCCGUUGACCGCCCACAAAAAGCAGAGAAAUCAAAAUUCACCAAGUGUGAGGCAGAGCACAAGUCUGAACGAGUAUGCCACAUUAGAUGACCAAACGUCCGCAGCUGCUUCGGAUGCUACCGGAACGGGUGGCAGUCGAAGACGAAGACGUUUGAAGAACAAACAUCGAAAUGGAUUCAGAUAUCGCAGUGGUGAGGAUCAGCCGCACUGUGACCUAGCGUGUAGUGCGGAUCAAGCAGAAACGGAGCUGGAAUCGUCAAACUACGCUGUGAAAGAAUCACCUCAGCGCACAAACACUCUAUAUUUGGGGACCAUUGACCAACGUGAAUUGAAUGUAGCCGCGGCAGCUCGAAUGAAUUUGCAGGCAGACUACGAUUUUUUGCUCCUCAAACGACAGACGCGAUUGAAGCUUCUAGUCGGGCAUUGGUUUCAAAUGGUGCAAUCGAAACAUCUUAUGGGAUUGGCAAAAGGUGUUAAUUCCGAUCGUCUGGACCGAAUUCGCGAGGCCUCCAACCUUGUGUUUGAGCAUAUUGGAAGCCCGCUGUUCAAGUAUCUGCGAUUCACCGGUCAACAAGGAAAGUACAACGAGUACAACAUUCGGGAUCGAUUGGCACUGCAUUUGGUUUGUCACAUGACGGCUGAGGCAUUUCUGGCCCCAUUUUUUCAGCCUCAUCCUCAACUGAUCCGAGAUCCUCAAUUAGAAUAUCGCUCAUCCGGCCAUGGAUCGGAUCCGACGCAGCCAUCGGUCGGCUGUUGGUCAUUCUUUGCUCGCAGCCAGCAGAUUGAUGCAACUGCUAACUGUCAUGAAGCGGAGAACCGUUCGAUAAACAACACACAGUCCAAUAAAACGAAAAAAGCCGUAUUCCAAACAUGGAAGCUACGCAUUCGUCCAAAUCCAGUUUCCUUCUUAAAUCAGUUUGAUACGAGACGAGCUGAAUGUCAAUUAUCUAUCAAUUCCCUAAUACAUCACGGAUUGCGAUUCGAACUUGUACGAGCAAACGUGACACUGUUAUGCACAGUCUAUCGUCUGCCAAUGAUUCAACUUAUCCCCAACACUGUAUCCGCUGAUUGGUGGAGGUGGUGGACCAGUUCAACGCCGGAAGGUCGGAGUAUGCCUACCUCGACGAUUGAAACGUGUCUGGGCAGUUCUGAGAACUUUAUGGAAAUACGGUUGUGA